AUGGCUUCGCCGGAUCACGCGCAGCCGGAGGGUCCAGGCCCUGCCACCACCGCUACCGCUGACUCGAUAUCUGGUGCUCCCAGCUCCUCGCAACCCAUUCCCGCCUCAACCCUGGAAGUCAGCAAUAGUGCGAUCACCACUUCGCCCGCAACCUCCCCGCAGGACACUCCAGCGACGGAUCUCCCAGAUACGAGGACCACGGGUCAAACCGAUAGUACCGCACCCGCUCCCCCGCAACCAACCAAUACAGAAGCUGUUCCCACGAUAGUUCUUCCCUCAGAAACAGAUGAGCAGAAGGGAGCAACACCAACGGCUCCAGAGUUAUCGUCCGAGGCGUCAGCCAAGGAGCCGGAAGAGUCUGGUCCAUCGUUGACAAUUGUUCUCCUAUUGAUUACCGGCACGCGACAUCCUUUCAAGAUCGAUGCGAACUAUUUGCGGAAACGAGAAGUCAGUGUGGAAAACAAUGAUCCCUUUGCCAUGAGCGUGUAUACCCUCAAAGAGUUGAUCUGGAGGGCAUGGCAGGAAGAUUGGGAACCCCGGCCUUCAUCUCCUAGCUCUAUCCGAUUAAUCUCAUUCGGGAAAUUGCUUGACGAUAAAUCUCCGCUUUCAGACUCCAAGUUCAGCCAAGACGCUCCAAAUGUAGUGCACAUGACGGUAAAACCACAAGAAAUUGUGGACGAAGAGGAUGCAAAGGGCACCAAAGCUCAGUACUCUCGUGACCGAGAGGCUAGCGAGCGGAGCCCGAGAUGUCGCUGCGUCAUUCAAUGA